AAUUGUUAUUUUGCUAUUUAAAACCAUAAAAAUGUUAUCAAAUAGAAAUUUGCUUGAAAUUGUGACUAUAGCGUCAUCUUGUAUCUCAGUUGUAGGAAUAUUUCUAAACUAUGUUACCGAUAUAUCACCUAUAACCGGUUUCUGGUUCGUGAGUUACAUAGUUAUCGUAAUUGUGUUGUCCAUUUCAUUGAGCUUCAAUUGCAUUCAGUGGAUGCUUCAGUUGAACAAACCGCUGAAGUACGACAUCGAAGGUACCGUUGCGACAUACCCGUUUCUGUCGUUUCUUAAGAAUGUGUUGCCUCAAGUACCCGAGGCCUCGAGUGUGGUCGAGUGUAAGGAGUACGAUACCAACGAGCUGAGCGUGAUAUCCACCGUGCUGGAGAAGAAGCUGGUGUCGUCGUGGUACGUGCCUUACAUCUCCCAGGAGAUUGGAUUUCCGUUUGCCUGCAAGCAGAUGCUAGAUCAGAUGAUAAGCAAAGCUUUCAAGAUAUGUGACAAAAUAGACUCUCAGGAGAUAUUUGUAGACAUAUGUGCAGUACUAACAAGUCACUUGAAGGAAUAUAGGAAAGCACUGAAGAGACAUGAGAAGUUUCCGAACAAUUCCAUAGAGACAUUGUACAAGAAAUCACAUCCAGUGUCCAUAACUUAUGAGAAGACAAAGAAGCAAACCUCUGCGGACCACUGCAUCAACAUCCUACGUAUUGUCAUGAAGGAGCUCGUGCCGUGGGAACUUUGGGACACUCCACACUCCGAGCUGCUCGUACGUAUUCUUGCAAAGAAGCUUGACAAUUUCAUUGAAACAGAACUGUCUGACCCGGCCUGGCUGAAUGAUAAGUUGCUCAUGUUGCUUACUAAUGUAGAAAAACAAAGUGAUGAUAAAACACAGGAUGUUAAAGAGGACAAACCUGUAGAACAGCCACAAGAGUUAACAAAAGAACCACCAGAGGGGCUAAAGGACCUAGCCUCAAAUUUGACACCCCCACCACCAGAUGUCACACCACCACCUCCUGUUAAAAGUUCCACACCAGAAGAAGUCAAAACAGAAGUCAAAACAGAAGUCAAAAUUGUAAAAGAUAAUGUUCCAGUACAAACUGUGGAUGAUAAGCCAGUUGCUAUUAUGAGGCAAAAACGAGGGAGACAAGGAAGAAAUGAAGUCAAAAUAUAUGAUAGAAUCAUUGAAGGGAGUGUCAAGACUUGGGAGACAGACAUGGACCUUCAGUGUAUCAGCGUGGGUCAGGACCUACUGGCCGGCCUGGACGACAUCCCACUGAGCCGUCUGUGGGGACACGAGGACACCGACCACAGCCCUAACGUCAGAAAUGUGUCCCCACAACCUCUAUGGUUUGGUGAGGAGGAUACCAUAGAUCUCGUGGAUUUAGAACCACAGAAAGAAAUGAAGAAGGAAUCGAGUCCGAAACCCGGAGAUGCGCUCCUCAAAGACAUACAGUCAACUGUGCACCAGGCUAAGACCAAGAUCGGAGACCUACAGGUCCCAAAACACGUAGAUGUGCCCUGCAACCAUUCUGGUGAUGAGGCGGCGGGCAUGAUGGAAGGCCUACUGGACAAGGGCAUCGCGGGGCUCAAGAAGGGACUGAGGUUCACAGGCCUGAGCGACGACCCGCAGGAGAAGUCUGGCAACGCUCGCGAGCGGCGGGCGGAGACGGUGUCGCCGGAGCUGUCGCGCGCGCGCCGCCCCGAGGUCGACGGUGCCAUCAACAUACCCGCUCGAGAGGAAAACGGCAACGGCAUCCACCUCCUAGUGAAGCAGCACCGCGUGACGUCACAGGACACGAUGGGGGCGGCGCCGGGGGCGGUGGGGGCGUUGCCAGGGGUAGUGGGGGCGGGCGAGCCGAGCGAGUCCCCGGAACCCGAGUACGAGGAGGCCGCGGACCUGUCCACCAGCAUCGCCAAGCUGCGCUCGCUGCUGCAGGAGGCGCAGGCGCCGCCUAGGGAGGAGGUGUGGUGGGAGGGGGCGGUGGAGACGCGCGGUCGCACGCUGCACCACGCCUCCUCGCGCCCGCUCGACCCCGCCGCGCUCGCUGACGAGUACGACAUGAAUUCAGAGCGCAGCACGUCCCCCGGACAGACCAGCAACAACAUGCAGCGGCUCGACAGGUUGUUUCAACGCACGGUGACGGGCGUGUUCAACUCGCUGAAGACGGCGGUGGGCGCGGAGGAGGGCGAGGGGGAGGGCGGGGCGUCGCCGGCGCCGCGCCGCGACUGGACGUAUGUGUGCAGCGCCGCCGACCUCGGUGUGGGCGCGGCAGUCAGUCGUCUGGUGAGCGCGCGCGCGGCGUUGUCACACGUGGACGCGGCGCUCGACUCGCUGCACAUGACGCCCCCCGCGCCACCCCCACCGCCCCCGGCACACCCCGAGGACCUCGAGGAGUGGUGUGCGACUGCCGGCGCGCGGUGGGCGGCGCUGGGCGAGUUGCUGGUGGCGGGCGGGAUGCUGCACUCACACCUCGCCUUCCGCGCCGCUACGCUGCUGGUCGGAGACGCAGUCGAAACCCUGGUGCGGGGCUGGCUGCGCGCAGCGGCGUCGUGGCUGCGCGCGCAGGUGUUCCUCUACUUCCAGCAGCAUAACGACGCCCCUCCCCCCAACCGCCCCCUCCCGCCCGCAGACAUCGACGCCUCGGCGCGCCUGCUCGCACAGCGCAUACCUAUACCCGAGUGCGUGUGCGACGUGGAGGCGGGGGUGCGGCUGGCCUUGCAGUCGGUAUCGCAGGCGGCGGUGACGCGCGACGUCCUGUACCGCCUGCUGGACGUGCUCGCCGCCCACUACCGCCGUUCCGCCGGCCGACACGCCUCCCUCGACUCUUCAUAAUGCUGUCCCGCUCAUUCCGCCACCACGCCUAGUGCUGUCCUGCUCGUUCAGCCGAUGCUCUCUUUUAAGAUCAAACGUCAGCACUUGUUACUUCAUUGGCACUUCUGCCGUCUCGCUCAUCCUACGUCUAUGUUUUCUGUGACUGUAGAUUCAAAUAUUAUUCAGCGAUUUUGUGACGAAAUAUCAACCGGCGACAUCAAUAAGUCGACGUUUUACUUUUGUAUAUGUCUAAACAAAAAAUGGCCUGCCAUAUUGGUAAUAAUAUAAAUUGUUUAGAUAAUAAACAUUCCAACUAGGAAUAUUUUUUUGCAAAACAGCUGAUGUUAAGAAAAAAAUAUAGUGAUCAAAGGUCACAUCCAAGAAAUCAACCAGUGUUAUUGACACAUUAAAUAAUUAUUUAUAAGAUAUAAAGAUCUGAUUAAGAUUAUGUAGUAAUAAGUUAAUGUUUUUUAUGAUUACUUUGUAAGUUAUAUUUUUGUUAUGUGUUUUACGAGAUUAUUUACUGUUAUUGUCUGUCGACUGAUCUCUG